AUGGAAUCGGCCAACGACGCAGCGUCAGCGUUCGAAAUUCUGACCCACAGGUCACCCAACGGUCACGGCGACAACUUGCAUAAAAGAACCACGGAUGUGGAGGUUCUGGACAGCCAGCUCAACAGCAGCGAAGCCGAGGAAGUCGAUCCUCCCAAGACCCUGUGGCAGAAGAUUGCCAAGCGCGCCAAGUGGGAGCGUCACAACUACUACGACGAACCCGCGAAAAACUGGGGCGAAAAAGUCAUCCGCUUCUUGGAAGUCCACCAGCACAAGCGUGCGUCUUCCAAGCGGUCCGAAAACAUUGUGGAAUCGUUCUUGUUCAAUGACGACCUGGCGCCCGUAGAGGCUGGCAGACGGGUGUGGGAUUGGAAGCAGUACGUGUUUUUUUGGAUUUCGGGGUCUUUUAAUGUCAACACCUGGCAGAUCUCUGCGACCGGUAUGCAGCUGGGGCUGAACUGGUGGCAGACCUGGAUCUGUAUUUGGAUCGGGUAUAUCGCGGUGGCUCUAUACGUGGUCAUCAACUCUCGUAUUGGUAAUUUCUACCACAUUGCGUUCCCCAUAUCGUCCAGAAUCGCCUAUGGUAUCUAUUUUUCGUUAUGGAUUGUUCUUAACAGAGUUGUCAUGGGAUGUGUGUGGUACAGCGUGCAAACCUACAUUGGUUCGCAGACUGUCCAGCUGAUGCUGAAGAGUAUCUUCGGCACGGAUCUCGAGACCCGCAUUCCUAACACUAUGAACACUCAAAACAUCACCACGUUCGAGUUCAUGUGUUUCAUGCUAUUCUGGGCCGCUCAGCUGCCUGCUCUAUGGUUCCCGCCACAAACGUUGCGCUACCUGUUCACUCUAAAAAGUAUCAUCACCCCCUUUGCCGCUUUUGGUUUUUUGAUCUGGACUUUGAAGAAAGCAGACGGACACCUCGCCCUGGGAUCACUUACAGUCAUCCAUCCAAAGGGAUCCGUCCUUGGCUGGAACUUCGUCAUUAGUAUAAUGAGUGCUCUGGACAACUUUGCCACUUUAAUUCUGAAUGCUCCAGAUUUCUCCCGUUUUGCAAGAACCAAACACUCCUCCAUCUAUUCUCAGCUGAUUAUUUUACCACUCAUGUAUGCCAUUAUCUCCAUUAUCGGGAUUUUGGUAACGUCAGCGGCUUACACAAUUUAUGGAGUGAAUUACUGGUCUCCUCUUGACGUUCUUGGUAGAUUUCUGGAUCAUCAAACAGCAGGAAAUCGUGGUGGUGUAUUCAUGAUUGCACUCUGUUUCGGUAUUGCUCAACUGGGUACCAACAUAGCUUCCAACUCCAUCUCCGUUGGCACAGACAUGACAGCGAUUUUCCCUAAAUUCAUCAACAUCAGAAGAGGUGGGUACAUUUGUGCUGCUAUAUCACUGGCCAUUUGCCCCUGGAACCUCAUGGCUUCUUCUUCGAAAUUUACCACUGCUCUUUCCGCGUAUGCUGUAUUUUUGUCGUCAAUUUCCGGUGUGGUGUGCGCAGACUAUUACGUCGUCAGAAAAGGACUAAUCAAACUCCAGCAUUGUUACACGAAUAGACCAAACAGUCUGUAUAUGUACGGCACGCGUUUUGGUACCAAUUGGAGGGCAGUGCUAGCCUAUGUUUUAGGUAUUGUCCCUAAUUUUCCAGGAUUCCUGGGUUCAGUGGGUGUCAGCAUUCCAGAGAAUGCGAUGCGAGUUUAUUACUUAAACUACUUUGUCGGGUUUCUGAUAUCGUUCCUACUGUACAGCACUUUCUGCUACUUCAGCCCUGUUCCCGGGAUGCCCGAGGGCGUCAGUUACUUUGACUUUUCCCAAUGGUUUGAGAAAUGGACGGAGGUGGAGAAUUUCGUGGAGCAAAGAAAGCGUUUUGAGGUCGACGGCGUCGAUGUGGACGAUGAAGACUUCACAGAUGAACUGUCAUCUACCAUGGAGGAGAACUACAAGACCACUGAGAAAGUUUAG